UCGCGAGAGCAGAGUGCUACCGUCUUGUAACGUCAAGUGUGCGAACUGUCGUGAAAGCACAUUGACGCAGAAAGAAAUAAGCAGUGUCAUUAUUUGUCCUCCAGUUUGUAAAUAUUAAUGUCAUAUAAAUUACAUAUUUUAUUAUUUAUUCAAGGAUACAAUCGUCUCGGUGCGCGAGAAGCACUUUGCUGCUUCUCGUGCUCGUUUAUUGUUAGUUAGCUUGGCUCGCUAGUUAGCUUAGCUUGUUAGCUGCUAACAGAAGUUAUCAACACAUCGCUAAGUAGAGAUCAAGUGUGAGAGUAAAGUGUUGGGAUUGUGUGAAAAUGUCUACAUUACACAUGUUGAGAGCGUUGGUGGAUCAGCGACUAACUGCUGCCGCUGAAGAAAUAUUUGUAGUGUUAGAAAGAACGAUAGCAGAAUACGAGGCGGAACUUUCUAGAACAAAGGAGGAGAACAAUCGACUACUGGACGCUGUUUUCAAGAAACAUCAAGUUGUGUUACACAGAACAGACCUUGAUGAAGAACCUCUACCUCAUGAGCAGGAGGAGGAACCCCAGUGCCCCAACAUACAUGAGGAAGAAGGGGUACCACAUUCCCAAUACAUUAAAGAGGGAAGGGAGGAGCCACAUCCCCCCCACAUUAAAGAGGAAGAUAAGACGCCACAGACCCAUAGUGUUAAACUGACCCUUCACAUUAAAGGGCAAGCGGAGAACCCACUGAUCUUACACAUCAAAAAUGAAGAGGAGGACCCACUGACCUCUCACUUUAAGGAGCAAGAGAACCCGCUGACCCCUCACUUUAAAAAUGAAGAGGAGGACCCACUGUCCCCCUAUUUUAAAGAGGAAGAGGGGGACCAAGAGCCAACGCACAUUAAAGAGGAAGAGGAGGAACACAGCAUCAGUCAGCCUAAAUGGUUGGAGGAGUUCCCAGUGACUGGUGUCCCUGUGAAGAGUGAAGAUGAUGAGGUCAAAGGUGAAAGUGAGGAGAAGAGCAGCAGCUCAACACAACACAUGACAACAGAAGCUGAUGGAGACCACUGUGGAGGAUCACAAGCAGACAAGCUCUUAGCUCCACUAUCAGAUAGUGAGGACACAACGUCACACUCUCCUGACACUGAUGAUGAAGACUCUAAAGAUGAUAAGACAUGUCACACUGACAACACUCACCUCAAAUGUUCUCACUGCGACAAAACCUUUAAAUACCACAGUGAUCUGAAAACACACCUGAGAAGACACACCGGAGAAAAACCUUUUAUCUGUUCAAUAUGUGGUAAAUGUUUUACACGAAGUCAGAGUUUGAAAGUACACAUGAGAAUACACACUGAAGAAAAACCUUUUAUCUGUUUAAUCUGUAGUAAAGGUUUUAUUCUAAGUAACCAUUUGAAAGUGCACAUGAGAAUACACACUGGUGAAAAACCUUUUAUCUGUUCAAUCUGUGGUAAAGGUUUUGUACAAAGUAACAAUUUGAAAGUACACAUGACAACACACACGGGUGAAAAACCUGUGUCCUGUUCAACCUGUGGUAAAGGUUUUACACAAAGUCAAUAUUUGAAAGUACACAUGAGAACACACACUGGUGAAAAACCUUUUUCCUGUUCAACCUGUGGUAAAGGUUUUACACAUGGUCAUCAUUUGAAAGUACACACGAGAACGCACACUGGCGAAAAACCUUUUUCCUGUUCAAUCUGUGGUAAGGGUUUUACAGAAAGUCAACAUUUGAAAAGACACACUAGAACACACACUGGUGACAAAUCACAUUACUGUUCAAUCUGUAGUAAAAGUUUUGUACAAAGUCAAUAUUUGAAAGUACACAUGAGAACACACACUGGUGAAAAACCUUGUUCCUGAACAAUCUGUGGCAAAGUAUGUAAAGAAAAUCAGUGUUUGAAAAAACACACACUGGUGAAAAAUCACAUUUAUGUUCAAUCUGCAACAGAAGCUUUUGUGAACGAUCAAACCUUGUAGCACACAUGAGAACACACCCAGGAGAGAAAGUGUUGAGUUGCAGUGUGUGUGGUGAAAGAUUGUCUUCUAAGUACCAGAGUAAGAAACACAAGUGUGCUGGUGAGAACAGCAGCAGCAAAUGAAACUGCAGGAUUUGAAAUAAACUGUCAAGACUUUAAUUUGGACUUUCUAACAACAUCAGCACAUAUAACAUGUGUGACAUUGUUGUUUGUGUAACAAUCUUUUUAAUAUGCUUCUACGUUUAUAGAUUAGAUAUUUUAUAUUAGUGCUUUUGUCAGUCAAGUGCAUGCAUUAAUAAGCAACAUUGAGUACUUUUAUUAAAAAUUGAGCAGAACAUUUUGCCUGAAAAGGUGAGAGUAAACAGUACAAGACAUAUUUUACAUACAAUAAACAUUUUAUGUGUAUAUAUAUACAUCAUACAAUUUUAUACUUAUUCAUGAUAGUGUUUUUUUAUAGGUGUUUGAUAUAUUGAAGCGUUACAUAGUUUUAUUUGUAAUUGUUAAUGAUCCCAUAGAUUAGCAUAUUUAUAUGAUAUACAUAUGUACUGGUUCACAUCUGAAACAUCUUCUGGACCACUUCAUAUUAUUUACUUUAUUCAUCAUUUGAACAGUUGUCUUUUAUACAAUUUUAAAAUGUGUGACUUUAUGAGCUAUUUGUUGGGUCUUUAUAAUCCAUUUUAUUAAUUAUCUUUAUUACUCUCUUUUGUAAUAUGAUGAUUGUGUUGUGAUUGUUUUAUAUGUAUGCAAUAUAAAAAGUGAGAGAAAAUGGCUGAAUUGUUUGUGGAAGGAUGGUUUUGUUUUUACAAACUUACAUUUGUGGAUAAAACAAGAACUCCCAUUAUUGUGUUUUAAACAUUUUGUAUGGUUGUUUUUCUUUUUAACAUCCCCAAAACGAUAUCAAUAUCAAUCAAAGUUUGGAGUGUCAGGCAAAAGCCAAUAUUGUACAUCAUCUCACAGAGAUUUACUUUGCAUACAUUCAUAAAAUAAACUGUUUAUUUUG